AUGGCGAGGAAGGUGGAGGAGGAGGAGUACGAGGAGGACGAGGGGGAGUCGAUCGAGCGGGUGUUCGAGGGGCAGGAGGUGCCCGACUGGAAGGAGCAGGUGACGGCGCGGGCGCUGGCGGUGAGCGCGCUGCUGGGCUUCAUGUUCAGCGUCAUCGUGAUGAAGCUCAACCUCACCACCGGCAUCAUCCCCUCCCUCAACGUCUCCGCGGGGCUCCUCGGCUUCUUCCUCCUCCACUCCUGGACCAGGCUGCUCGACAAGGCCGGCAUCCCCGGCGUCAAGCCCUUCACCCGCCAGGAGAACACCGUCGUCCAGACCUGCGUCGUCGCGUGCUCCGGCAUCGCCUUCAGCGGGGGAUUUGGGAGCUACAUGUUCGGCAUGAGCGAGAGGAUCAGCGAGCAGUCAGGGGAGGUGAGGGACGAGGACAGCAUCAAGAACCCCAGCCUGGGCUGGAUGAUCGGCUUCCUCUUCAUCGUCAGCUUCCUGGGCCUCUUCUCUGUCGUGCCCCUCAGGAAGGCAUGCACGUCUCACCACAGCACUGAUCUCUACAGUCAACAUUUUGAUUUCACAAAUAUCAUCGAUUACAAGCUCAUCUACCCGAGCGGCACGGCCACGGCGCACCUCAUCAACAGCUUCCACACUCCCCAGGGCGCAAAGCUGGCCAAGCUACAGGUGAAGACGCUGGGCAAGUUUUUCGCGAUGAGCUUCAGCUGGGGCUUCUUCCAGUGGUUCUACACCGGCGGCAAAGACUGCGGAUUCAGCUCCUUCCCCACCUUGGGCCUCGAGGCACGCAGACAAAAGUUCUACUUCGACUUCUCGGCGACGUACCUAGGUGUCGGGAUGAUCUGCCCCUACCUCGUCAACCUCUCCGUCCUCCUCGGAGGCAUCAUAUCAUGGGGGAUCAUGUGGCCUAUCAUCGAGCACAAGAAGGGCGACUGGUACCCCGCCGACCUAAAGCCCAGCAGCCUCCGCGGCAUCGUCGGCUACCGGGUGUUCAUCUCCAUCUCCCUCAUCCUCGGCGACGGCCUCUACAACUUCCUCAAGGUGCUGACCCGGACCAUGACGGCGCUGGUGGCGCAGGUGCGCGGGAUGAUGUCGGGCCCGACCCUGCCCAUCAGCGAGGCCGGGGGCGACCUGACGCCGGCGGAGACGUUCGACGACCAGCGCCGCACGGAGCUCUUCAUGAAGGACCAGAUCCCCAACACGCUCGCGCUGAGCGCCUACGUGAUCACCGCGGUGAUCUCCGUCAUCACGGUGCCGCGCAUCUUCCACCAGCUCAGGUGGUACCACGUGGCCACCUCCUACGUGAUCGCGCCGGUGCUGGCCUUCUGCAACGCCUACGGCUGCGGCCUCACGGACUGGUCCCUCGCCACCACCUACGGCAAGCUCGCCAUCUUCCUGGUGGGCGCCUGGGCCGGCGCGUCCAACGGCGGCAUCAUCGCCGGCCUCGCCGCGUGCGGGGUCAUGAUCGGCAUCGUGUCCACGGCGUCCGACCUGACGCAGGACUUCAAGACGGGGUACAUGACGCUGGCGUCGCCGCGGUCCAUGUUCGUGAGCCAGGUGAUCGGCACGGCCAUGGGGUGCGUGAUCGCGCCGUCCGUGUUCUGGCUCUUCUACAAGGCGUUCGGCGACAUCGGCACGCCGGGGUCCGAGUACCCGUCGCCCAACGCGCUGGUGUACCGCAACAUGGCGAUCCUGGGGGUGCAGGGGCUGGGGUCGCUGCCCAAGCACUGCCUGGACCUCUGCAUCGUCUUCUUCGUGGGCGCCAUCGUGGUGAACCUGGCUCGGGACCUCGCGGGGCCAAACAUCGCGCAGUUCAUCCCGCUGCCGAUGGCCAUGGCCAUCCCCUUCUACCUGGGGCCCUACUUCGGGAUCGACAUGUGCAUCGGGAGCCUGAUCCGGUUCGUGUGGGACCACGUGGACGGCGCGAGGGCCAAGGCGUUCGCGCCGCCCGUGGCGUCGGGGCUCAUCUGCGGCGACGGCAUCUGGACGCUGCCGCAGUCGGUGCUGGCGCUGGCCGGCGUGAGGCCGCCCAUCUGCAUGAAGUUCCUGCCGCGCGCCACCAACAUCCAGGUGGAGGCCUUCAUCAAAUCUCUACCGCCGCCGCCUGGCUAA